AGGGGGGGGGGGGAAAGGUGCAAUAGUUGGAGAUUAAGAGUACACUUAUUUUGAUAAAUACUGGGUACUGUAUAGAAUUAUUGAAUUAUUAUAUUGUACAUCUGAAACUAAUAUACUGUAUGCUAACUAUGCUGGAAUUAAAAUAAAAAAAAUAACAAACUCUAAUACUGAAGAAACACAUAUAGGUCUAUAGAUAAGCAUUUGUAACUUUUAGAGGCUUACAUGAGAUAAAAACAAAAUAGGAUUUCUCAAAUUUGGUGAGUGUUGAAUUCUAGAAAGUAGGGGACACUAAAUCACUGAGAUGCUUUUAGUGGCUUUUUCACAUUUUAACUUCCAAAUGAAUUAUUUUCAGUUAAAAAAAUGAAAAUUGGUUGGGGCUGUAUUUUUAGUUAUACCUAGUGUAUUUUAAUACCAUUUGACUACUGAGGCACUUUUUAGUGAUUUUUUUUUUUUUUGAACAAAAUGUAACUGUUUACGUUUCAUAAUUUAUCAUUUUCAAGUUCUAAUGUAAUUCAUUUACUCAUGUUAAACAGGGAAUUAUUUUUUUGGUUUAUCUAGGUAUGUUAAUUAAUACCUAAAUCACCAUAGGAGUAUAGAAUUUUAGAGUUGAAUGGGAUUGUCUUACUUAUUGUUGCAUAACAAAUUACCCUGGGAAGUAAGGGCUUAAAACAACAAACAUUUAUUACUCAGUUUCUGUGGGUUAAAAAUCUGGGUGCAGCCUAUCUGGUACUUGUGGCUCAAGGCCUCUUAGAGGUUGCAGACAAGCUAUCCCUGGAGCUGUGGUCUCAUCUGAGAGAGUGACUGGGGGAAGAGCUGCUUCCAAGCUCAUUCAUGUAGCGCUUGGCAAGAUUCAGUUGGCUUGGGAGGUAUUGGACUGAAGGCCUCCAUUUCUUUUGGGUUGUUGGCCAGAGGCCUGUCUCAAUUCUUUGCCAUCUGGGCCUGUCCAAAGGGCAGCUCACAGUAUGGCAGUUAGUUUGCUUCAGAGCAGAGAGGUGAGAGAACAAGAGCAGGUAACACCCAAGGUGGAAAUUGUGAUCUUUUUUGUAAUCCAGUCUUGUGAGCGGGAUCUUAUUUCUGUUGUAUUUUAUUUGUUAGAGGCUGCCUACCACAGUGACUUUAGUUUACUUUUUACAGAUUUAAAAAAGAAAGAAAGAAAGAAAAAGAACUUGAAAGACACACAAAGUAGUUUGCCAAGGCUCAAAAGUUUUUGGAGCCGUGAGGGAUACAGCAGUUUGGUCAAUAUUGUUUUAACAUGCUUCAAAUAAAUCAGAUGUUCUCAGUGCAACUGAGUCUUGGUGAGCAGACAUGGGAAUCCGAAGGGAGCAGUAUAAAGAAGGCUCAACAGGCUGUUGCUAAUAAAGCUUUGACUGAAUCUACACUUCCCAAACCAGUUCAGAAACCACCCAAAAGUAAUGUUAAUAAUAACCCAGGUAGUAUAACUCCAACUGUGGAACUGAAUGGGCUUGCUAUGAAAAGGGGAGAGCCUGCCAUCUACAGGCCAUUAGAUCCAAAGCCUUUCCCAAAUUAUAGAGCUAAUUACAACUUUCGGGGCAUGUACAAUCAGAGGUAUCAUUGCCCAAUGCCCAAGAUCUUUUAUGUUCAGCUGACUGUAGGAAACAAUGAAUUUUUUGGGGAAGGAAAGACUCGACAAGCUGCUAGACACAAUGCUGCAAUGAAAGCCCUUCAAGCACUGCAGAAUGAGCCUAUUCCAGAAAAAUCACCUCAGAACGGUGAAUCCGGAAAAGAAAUGGAUGAUGACAAAGAUGCAAACAAAUCUGAGAUCAGCUUAGUGUUUGAAAUUGCUCUGAAGCGAAAUAUGCCCGUCAGUUUUGAGGUUAUUAAAGAAAGUGGACCACCACAUAUGAAAAGCUUUGUUACUAGGGUGUCAGUAGGAGAGUUCUCCGCGGAAGGAGAGGGAAAUAGCAAAAAACUCUCCAAGAAGCGUGCUGCAACCACCGUCCUACAGGAGCUUAAGAAACUCCCGCCUCUUCCUGUGGUUGAAAAGCCAAAAUUAUUUUUUAAAAAACGCCCUAAAACAAUAGUAAAGGCUGGACCAGAGUAUGGUCAAGGAAUGAACCCCAUUAGCCGCCUGGCUCAAAUUCAACAGGCCAAAAAGGAGAAGGAGCCAGAUUAUGUUUUGCUUUCAGAAAGAGGAAUGCCUCGGCGUCGGGAAUUUGUGAUGCAGGUCAAAGUAGGCAAUGAAGUUGCUACUGGAACAGGACCUAACAAAAAGAUAGCCAAAAAAAAUGCUGCAGAAGCAAUGCUGUUACAGCUUGGUUAUAAAGCAUCCACUAGUCUUCAAGAUCAACUUGAUAAGACAGGGGAGAACAAAGGAUGGAGUGGUCCAAAGGCUGGGUUUCCUGAACCAACAAAUAACACUCCAAAAGGAAUUCUUCAUUUGUCUCCUGAUGUUUAUCAAGAGAUGGAAGCCAGCCGCCACAAAGUAAUCUCUGGCACUACUCUAGGCUAUUUGUCACCCAAAGAUAUGAACCAACCCUCAAGCUCUUUCUUCAGUAUAUCUCCCACAUCGAAUAGUUCAGCUACCAUUGCCAGGGAACUCCUAAUGAAUGGAACGUCUCCUACAGCUGAAGCCAUAGGUUUAAAAGGAAGUUCUCCUACUCCCCCUUGUUCUCCAGUACAACCUUCAAAACAACUGGAAUAUUUAGCAAGGAUUCAAGGCUUUCAGGUUCACUACUGUGAUAGACAAAGUGGCAAAGAGUGUGUGACCUGUCUGACAUUAGCCCCUGUGCAGAUGACUUUCCAUGCUAUUGGAAGCUCCAUUGAAGCCAGCCAUGAUCAGGCAGCUUUAAGUGCCUUGAAACAAUUUUCUGAACAAGGACUGGACCCAAUGGAAGGGGCAAUGAAUAUUGAAAAAGGUUCUCUUGAAAAACAAGCCCAGCAUCUGGGAGAGAAAGCGGACAAUAACCAGACACACCCGGGCUCCAUCGCUCAGGACUGCAAGAAAUCAAAGUCGGUCAUCUAGCAGCUCCCAGAACCACGGCUGCCACCACAUCCUUAUAAACCUGUCAGCACGCAUGAGGGUGUCUGUGUUCAAGGAAAUGAAUGACUAAUACCAUUAUUUGAGUCUUAUGUGAAGACAACACUAUUCUAACACAAGAGAUAAUAUACAUAGUACUGUUUAUUCAACUGGGGAAAAAUAAAACUUUGAGCAUUUCCCUCGGAACUUGAGAUCAGAUCAUAACUCACUUGCCCGGAGGCAGGAGAAAUCUGAUCCUGCUACUGGAGCUUGAAAUAACAAUUAAUGAAAAGUGUUAGAAACAGAGGUAAAAAUUUUAAAUGAUUAAUAGAGAAAUUGGGUUUGGUUCCGUUGUUAUGAUUGUUUUGUCGUGGAGCUUGUGUUCAGUUAUAUUCUCUCUCUCUCUCUCUCUCUCUCUCUCUUGUUUUAAAUAAUGCUUGACGAUUCAAAGAUUAACCAAUGAUGUGCUGUGGAAUGUGAUGGUCGUUGUCUUCAUAUAGAGUCACACCGUUUCUCUUUUUAUGCGGAUAUUUAUAAUCUUCAUCCUGUAUCAAUACGAAUGACUUUGAGGUGCACGCCUCAAAGAUGUAUGCAAACAAACAAGGUUUAAAUCAGGUCAGAUAUUUUAUUUACCAUAUGAAAUCGUGUUAGGAACAACUAGUUUCAAUAUACUCCAGGAAUUAAAAAACAAAAACAAGAAAAAAAACAGUUGUGGGUUUUGAGCUCCAUAAUACUAUUAGCCACUAAGGAGGCGUCUUGCCUCCACUGACCAUUUCUCCAGAUUCCACGUUCCGUUGUGGAAGUCGCACCCACCCUCAUCCGUGUGUCAUAGCCACUCACUGUUUGCAUCGAGAGCGUUUUUAAUAACUGCCUCUGGACUUGGGACAGUGAGUAGGAUCAAAAUAAAUAAUGUACAUGGCGGGGAAGGGAAAGCCUGUCGGAGGAGCCGUAAGAGUCUUGCCAGCUUGUAGCCAGCCACGCUCUGGACCAGCAUGUUGGAAUCCAGCGUGUACCGAAUGCAGUAAAAAAAUUGGUCGGUUUCUGUGUGAAGUGUUGUCAUUGUUGUUCUUUCGUUCCCUGGCUCUCAUCUCUUAAACAUCACCUCGGUGAGACCCAUCCCAAAGGCCGCCACCCAGCCCAGUCAUCCUGCGCCACAGUGGCUUUAGAGGGUGUCCCGGCUCCUGCGCCACCAGCUGUAUCUGUGAAACUGCAGAGCGGCCUCCUGGGUGACGAGGAGCUGGGUUCCUGACCAGCCAACGUCAUCUCAUUGUUCAGCCUUUCUCCUUAUUGAUUCACAGACGUUGUGCAAUGAGAAAACACUAUAU